AUGAAGAGCAGUUCAGAAGUCAAGAUUACGUGGCAUGCAGCUUUUUGGGUAGAUGCUUCCAGGGACAGCAAUUGCACCAUACAGGGGAAAGAGCCCCAAACUAGCCGUAUGGUUUCCAGGCCCCUGUGGGCUACCACUGCUGCGGUGAUGAUGAUAUGGGCAGUUGGGGGUGCCUUGUACUUUUCCCUGGUGCUCAUGACUACCGAGAUCCACACAGUGGGGCCCGACGAACAGAACAACGUGUGCCAAGAUGGUAUCUUCAUAUUUUCGAACAAGGACUACCUCGAUGUGCUCAUCGUUUCCUCCUCAGAGCUGCUGGGCAACUUCAUUCCCAUUUUCUUUGUGGAGUGGGCUGGGAGGAAACGGUCCAUGCUGGCGUUCUUCUGCGUGGCCGCCGCGGGCAUUCUGCCCAUGCUGGCCCUCCCCAUCUCCCGCGCCACCUGGCCCCUCUUCGUGGCCCGCGCCCUGGCGCAGUCCAUCCUGGUCCUCAUCAUCCUGUACACCCCCGAGGCCUACCCCACCGAGAUGCGCAGCUCCGCCACCGGCAUCGGCAACAUGCUCAACAGCCUGGCCAGCCUCGCUGCGCCGGCCAUUGGCCAGGAACUGCUGCACCGGCGGGGGCUGCCGGCGUCAGCGGGGGUGCUGAUCGCGUGCUGCGGCGUGGGCGCGGCGGCGGCGGCCACGCUGCCCAAGGACACGGCCGGCAGGGCGCUGCAGGACGUGAUCGAGGAGGUGGAGGAGGAGUUUGAGCGGCAGCCCGUUUGA